UGUGGACCGGUCCAUUGUAAAGAAGGGCUUGUCAGGGGGUGUCCUAAUUUCCGGGGCCUCCAUCAUCAUCAUCAUUCUCAACAUGGCAGUGCAAAGGCAGUCCAGAACGAUCAAGAGUGCAUUUCGGCUGUUUGUAGUCGUAGGGUUGCUGGUUUUUGCACAUGCAGCCUAUUCAGCAGCACAGCACCGGUUAUACCUUAGAAUAACAGAGAGGGAGUUCACAGGUCUACCUGCUGAUAUAGUAGUGCAGAUCAUUCUGGCAUUCUUGGCGAUAUGCUGUGGACUUGUCAACAUUGCAGGUGACUUCAGGGAAAUAAAGGCUAGCAAGGAACUGGAAAACAAGUCCUGGGAGACCUUUGGGAAUCAGCCAUCCUUCUACACAUUCACCCAUCGUGGCAGGGUCCUGUUUAGUUCUGUACCUGAGCUCGAGGACGAGGUAGACCAGGAAGACUAGUACAACCCAGCAAUACUCUGUACAGUUCACUUUUUCUAUGUGCUAAGAAGUUCGUGGUAAACCACAUUGUCAACACUGUGCUGUAAAAACUUGUUUUUUCUGCAAUCUUGGUGUACUUGGGCUGUUUCCACUUUCUCUGAGAGAGCAGAUAAAAGUAUAUAUCAAAGCCUAUAUUCUAUACAAUUGUGAGGAUGUCAUGGUGACAGUGGUAGGCAAAAAGCAGGUGCUAAAGAAAAGAUUCAUUUACAUGGCAACUGCGUACUACAUCAAUGAUGACUAGACAUCCAGGUAAUAAGAUAUGCCAAAUAGCAAUUACUCAAGCCAAAAUCAUAUCCAGUUGCUUGAGUAAUUGCUAUUUGGCAUACGUCAACUAGUAAAUUGAUCUGUUGAUUUAGAUAUUAUUUAGUAAUUUAAUUUGCUAAUGUCAUUUUGCCUGCCAGUUGUCUAAAGCCCCA